AUGGUGUUAAAAAAGCAAUCAAAAAAGUUAUUAAUUUUAUACUUACUUUACCGAAGGCACAAACUAGUAAUAAGACCUCACAGAAGAAAGUACUGGGUUCAUCCAAUAUUACAAAAUCGUGAAAAUUUGGGUGUUUACAAAACUUUAUAUAAUGAAUUAAGGUCGGACCCAAAAAAAUUCUUUAAUUUUUUUCGGAUGUCAAUUUCUACAUUUGAUGAAUUACAUGUUACUCUAAAAGAAGAAAUAUCUCGUAAAGAUACAAAAAUGAGGAAAUCUAUAGGAUCCGAAGAAAUGUUGGCCAUUGCUAUAAGAUAUCUUGCAAGUGGCUGUACAUUGACAGAAAUCCAUUUUACUUUUCGAAUUGGAAUUUCUACUGCAAGUAAAAUAAUACGAACUGUUUGUUGCAAAAUAUGGGACGUUUUAAAAAACAAAUAUAUACCUGCUCCGUCAAAAGAGAAUUGGAAAACAAUAGCAAAAGGGUUCGAAAAAACUGCCAACUUUCCACAUUGUUUAGGUGCCAUAGAUGGAAAGCAUAUAAGGCUUAUUAUGCCAGAAAAAAGUGGAUCGAUGUACUACAACUAUAAAAACUAUUUUUCUAUAGUGCUGCUUGCUGUAGCAGAUUCAAAUUAUAGAUUUACGUACAUAGACAUUGGAGCGUAUGGAAAAGAAUGUGAUUCUACAAUAUUUAAAGAAUCGUCACUGUGGAAAUUAAUGGAGAAAAACGAAUUACAUAUACCUGAUCCAGAACCGAUAAAUGAAUUACAAGAUCAAGAUUUUCCUUAUGUUUUUUUGGGUGAUGAAGCAUUUGCACUUACAACAAAUUUACUAAGACCUUUCGGUGGCUAUCACUUAACUACAACUAAAAAAGUUUUUAAUUACCGGCUAAGCCGAGCACGGCGAUACGUAGAGUGCGCCUUUGGUAUACUUAGUAAUAAAUGGCGUAUAUUGCAUCGGCCAUUGAAUGUUGCCACAGAUUUUGCUGUUGAUAUUGUCAAAGCUGCUUGUAUUCUACAUAAUAUAAUUCGCGAAAAAGACGGACUUCAUUACGAAGAACACGAAAUCAAUGAAUUACCUAUAAUGGGAUUUGAAGACGCGGUUCAUCAAUCAAACUAUGUACGAGGAGGACGACAUGCCAAUGAAAUUCGAAAUAAGUAUGCUGAAUACUUCGUAAGUGAUGCAGGAUCAGUGCCAUGGCAAAAUUCAAGUAUAUAA